AUGGUGACAAACGAUCCGAUUUAUGAAAGAGCUAACAGUCCUGUCCGACGUGGCUCGCCAGCAACAGAGCUUGCCUCUCACAUCGGCUCUGUCAAGAAUACAGAAAUACUUUCCGAGACCCAUUCCGACACUGACAUGAUCUUCACGCUCACUGAUCCCCCUCCAGCCGAGCCCGUCGUGGUUCUGACACAAAGCCUCUCUGAAUGUGCUCAGCAGCAAGAUACGAGCAUCGAGGACGAGGCUCACGCCCAAUUCGAGGCCUUGAGUACUGAGUCUGCCGACGUCUCCAUGCAAGAUGCAGCUGCUCCAGAUGCUUUGCCUGAUGACAAAAGCCAGGAUCCAGUUGCGGAGGUACAACUUGUCCAUGCCGCGUCUCGUGGAAAUCUUGAUGAACAGCUUCUCAUCCAGGCCCAACAUGCGGGUGACGAUCAGCGCCUCAACAAAGAGGAAUACUCGAUUCUGGAACAGCAAUCUACAACAACUCAGCAUCCUAUCGAAGAAGACCCUCCUAUCGAGCAGCCUCAACUCGCCCAGGCGAAACAAGCAGCUGUUCCCGAGGCACAUAAUCUGGGUGCUCACGAAGUAGCAUUGCCUAACGCAGAUCGUAAUGUGCAGGGUCCACAGACUCCAGCAGACACGAUGCCACCUACUCUUGUGGACGCACAACCAUCUGUACGCGGAGUUGUUGGCCGCUCCGAUUCUCCGAGAGUGGCCAAAAACAAAAGGAAGCCAUCACAACCUGGCUCGAUUGCACGGAACUCAAACUCGACGGCCAAACCUAGGACCAAUUCUUCGUCAUACACAGCUGCCCAACUGUACCAGCUGGCUGAUUACUUGAAAGAGCAGGAGCGGCUUCAGGAGAAUCAGGACUGGGUAAAAGAUCUUGCCGCCAAACAGGCAGAGCUGGAGAAGGCCAACCGCCACAGGUUGAGCCUUCAGACCGAAUGUGCACAUCUAAAAGCCAGUCUCAAAAGGUAUUCUGGAAUAGCUGAGAAGCUCAAGACCAUCAUCAAUGCCUACAACGGCCUGGGUCAAGAUAUCAAGGGACUCCAAACCAGCAGAGCCAAGUAUGACAAGGCAUUCAGAGAGCUCAAGUCCCAGGUUUCCGCCAACCUGGACGUGGUCACUAGCCUUCCGGAACAAAUUGCAAGAAUCGACAAGUUGAAGGUCAACAGUGUGAGCCUCAUCAGAGAAUGCAAGUCUUCUAUCAUGACUUUGAGAAAAGAGAAGUCUGAUCUCGAGAGACGCCUCCUUGAAACUUCCAGAUCGCUGGAACAGGAGAAGUCACGCCAAGCCGCCUUCGACAAGCGUAUCCAGACUUUCCAGACAGAGAGUCGUUCUACCGAAGUGAUGCUCAACGGAUGCAUCAGCAAGAUCAGUGAUCGCUUGGGCGAAUUCAAGACCUUCAUCGAACAAGGCACUUCUUCGCAUGAAACCUCUCGAGAAACUCUUGAGCUGAUGAAGAAAGAGAACGAAGUCAUAUCCGAACAAGUCCGAUCUUCUGGAACGAACAUGGAGACGGUGAAGACCUCAGUGGAGAAGCUAUCCUCCGGCCUCGAAAAGCACGUCAGAAAAUUGAGGAAAGCCAACAAUUCCAUCUCGAAAGCUCGCACAGAAAACGAGAACAAGGUCGUGACAGCUCUUGAGAACAUCAAGGCUGAAUUCAAGUCUUGGGAAGAUCUUAAGGAGAAGAACGCCGCCUUACGAGAACGUAUCGUUGAGGAGGAACAGAAUUCGGAGUCAAGCAAGGAGAAGAUCGAGAAGCUUGAACAAGACUUGGCCAACAGAACCAACGCCGAAGCGGAACUCAGAAACAGGAUCGACGAACUACAGUCCUCGCAGGCCACUCUGGAGUCGCACAAAGUCUCUGCGGAAGCCGACAAGGCCAAGUUAUUGGAGCUGACCACGUCUGAAAGCAAUCUGAAACAGGAGCUCGAGAAGCUGAAGAGUGAGAAGGCCGAAAGUAUGGCUACCAUUGCGUCAAUUGCAGAGCAGAAGACUACCAUCCAGCGCGAAAAAGGAGAUCUCCAGGGUCAGGUUAGUGAGAUCACCAAGUUGCUCGAAGAUGCACGACAUGCAGUUCCCGACUUCGGUCCGGAAAAGGCCAGAGUUGAGGCAGAUGCCAAGAAACAGAUUGAUGAGGCUGUGAAUGAACACACGAUCGAAGUUCGCAAGCUUUCUAUCGAUUUCCGCAAUGACAUACUCAGGCUCCAGAAAAAGAAGGAAGAGGUCCAUCGUGAGCUCUCGGCCAGAGACGAUACUGUCAAAGACUUACGGUCUCAACUCGAUCGCAUGAAGCAAGAAUACGGCAAUCGUAGUCCCGCCGCCUGGUCAGAAGAGUUGCAGCAAAAGAACGCCGAGAUCGAACGCCUGAAUCAAGAGAACGCUGAGGCAAGUUGUCGCUCAGAGAAACUGCAACAAGAUCUCGAUGCGACACGCCGAUCGGCGGAAGACUCCUCGAGGAGAAUAACACAGGAGUUGCAGCAGAGAGAUGCUCGGAUCAAGUCACUGAAAGAAACGAGCACUACCACGGAGAACAAUGUCAAGUCCUUGGAGCAAGGUCUUGAAGAAGCCAAGCGCUCCAAUGAGGUCACUGUCAACACUCUACAAGAGGAUGCAACUCGCAAGUCCCAAGACGCCGAAGACCGGCUCAAAACCAUGGAGACGCGUUUGACGGAAGCAAAUUCGUCGAAAUGUGCCCUUGAGACUAGCUUUGGGGAUCUUGAGAGAAGAUCUACUGAUGAGGCCGAACAGCGACAGAAAGAAAUGUCGGACUUGCGACAAAGCUUAGAGAAUGUCAACAAUCGUCUCAAGGAGAUGGAUGAACGUCACACUCAACAGCAAGAGGCGAUUCAGCAAAAGCACUCAGAAAAUGAGAAGCUGAAGCAGGACAUUGAGAAACUCAAGCAGAAUCAUAUCAAGGCCAUCACAGCCACCGUACAGAUUCCCAACUCUCAACCACAGGAGGACUCCCAGGACCAGGCAUCCACUCCACCUACCAAGAAGGUCAGAAGAGCAGUCAACAGAAAUGCUCGCUCGAUCUCGAAGCCUACCAGCUCAGCCAUGUUCACCAGUGCGACUCAGCCCACAAGUGACAUUCCCGAAAGUACGCAGCCAAGAAGCACAGGUGCAUCUAUCUUCGGACCUUUCAGUGAGCCCAGGAGUAAAAGCCAUAACAGCAACCGUCUGAACAGUCCUCCACAGGAAGAAGAGGAAAUGCUGGAUCUGGACAAUUCGCAUUUGCAGUUUCCAAAGGCCAACUCAAGACCCAACACCUCGCACUCGGAUUCGCAGAGGACCUUCAGUCUUGGGUCCCAAGAGGAACUGAAUGAAGAAGAGGUCAGCCUCAGAAACCAGACCAACCAAUCACAGGCACAUACGCUACCUCAACCCCCCAAACAUGUCUCAUCAUCUUCGUCUCUGAGCGAGGCUCGCGAACUUGGUCCAACUUACAGAGACGCGGCGCAGUCUGUAUGGGAAGAGACACAGAGCCAGAUGGAUCGUUCGCAGAGCAUUCAGCAGGAGUCCCAGGAGUCCCAGGAUAUCGAACCAGGCAUGCAACAGCAGUCACUGGGUCUAAGCAACCCCUUCGAUGAACUGGCUAUGACAUCGCAUGCAUUUGAGACACCCAUGAAGGCAAGCGGCAGGAACCUACAAGGUGUAGGCAAGAAGCUCACACCCAGACCGUAG